GAAAGACGCCAAGGAAGGGAAACGCUUCUUCUUCCCCCUCCCUCCAAAACUUUGGAAACACACCACAAAAGCCAGCCCCCUUCCUGCUAGGGUUAGGGUUUCUCAUCGAAAAUCGUCCAACGGAGAGGCGCCCCAAUCGGAGAGCCAUGGCGAGGUACAGGAGCAGAAGCCGCAGCUACAGCCCCCGCCGCCGCAGCCGAACCCCACCUCGUGCCCGUAAGCGCUACGGCUACGACGACGACCCUCGCGACCGCCGCUCUUACAGAGACCGCCGUUCUCCUGCUCCUUCUGGCCUCCUCCUCCGCAAUCUCCCCCUCGAUACUAGGGCGGAAGAUCUCAGGGUACCAUUCGAGCGGUUCGGUCCUGUGAAGGAUGUCUACCUUCCUAAGAAUUAUUACACGGGGGAGCCUCGUGGCUUUGGAUUUGUCAAGUUUCGUUAUGCGGAAGAUGCAGCUGAGGCUAAGCAGCAAAUGAAUCAUUCUGUUAUUGGAGGACGUGAGAUAAGAAUUGUUUUUGCUGAGGAGAACAGAAAAACUCCUCACGAGAUGCGCGUGACUGAUCGCGUGAGUGGGCGACACAGGGAAAGGAGGAGAAGUAUGUCAAGGUCUCCAAGGCGCCACUAUCGUUCUGACUCACGGUCACCAACACCAGAUAGGCAUGACUCAAGGAGCCGUGUGGCAAAGGACCGGUACCACUCUCCAAUGCGAUCUGGGUCCAUACCACAUUCUCCAUCUCCUCAGGAGCACAAGGUUAAGCGGUCCAGUAAGAGGUCUCCAAGUCCACGGGAAGAUAGUCGAAGUCCCAUUCAAGAGAGGGGUUAUCCAGCAAGCAGGUCUCAGAGUCCAAGGGGCAAUAUUCGCAGUCCUUCAAGGUCUCGUUCGCGGUCUUACAGCCCGCGCUGAAAGCCUUCUGAGUACUAAGUACGGGGCUUGCAGUAGAGAUGGUGGUAUGCUGGUGGUGGUUCUUUGCAAAGUGUACUUCCAAGUAUCGAAGUGAACGAUGAAGAAUGUCAUUUUGGAGAUCCUGUUGCUCUUUGAAUCCUAAGUAUCAUGGAUUUGUCUAUGCUUUAGAAAUGCUUUUUACCUUUUUGUUGGAUUUGAAACUUUGUGAACAUCAAGUGCAAGAUGGUUGUUGGUUGCUGGUGACUCUUUUAAGUAUUUUGUUUGUCCUUAAUGCAUGGCUGUUAACUUU